AUGUCUUUGACUAGUACAGAGCUAAAUUAUUUGGUAUGGAGGUACCUCCAAGAAUCGGGGUUUGAUUUGGCGGCAUUUGCAUUAGAAAAGCACUCGCAGUGUCUGUCGUAUGAACAUAAUAAGAAUUUGCCGAUAAUAUCACGAAUUGAACCAGGAUGUCUUGUAAACUUAGUUCAGAAGGGGAUAUUGUUUACGUUGGCGGAAGAGGAUGCUCGGAAAGAUGGACCAGACCGGAGUACAUACUCGUUGUUGGGAGCUUUAUUACAAGAAGAGUUGGAUAAGCAGAAACAAGAAGAAGAGGAAGUAAAAUACGAACAACUGGAGGUAAAGGGCAACGAGCGGUUUGCAUUAAAGUCGGAAGUUAAGGCGGUGGGAAGCGACGGGGAUAUCGAGAUGAAUGAUGGCGAAGAGUCAGUGGAGAAGAAGGAUGAUGAAGAGUUGGAUGCGCCAGAAAUACCUAUUGAGUUUACAACUAAGAGCUUAGUACCGGAUAUUAAGUACCCUGAGUGUUUAACGACGCAUUGGCACCCAAGUACGGAUGUUUUUGCUUAUGGGAAAGAUAAUUCUACUGCAGUCAUAAAUGCGAUUAAAGAUAACAUAAUAGCGGAAUCUGUGACGUUGAACCAUCCGAACGUUCUUCAAGGAUCCAAUUCAAAUGUGCUAGAAAACGAAAUAACAACGGUUUCGUGGGCUCCUAUGGGAAAUAUCAUAGUUACUGCAGGCAUAAAUGGUGAGCUUAGGGCAUGGUCACCAGAUGGUAAAUUAAAGAAUAUUGCUAACACGGCAGCAUCAUUUGAUAUCGAAGCAGAUGCAUUAACAGGAUAUAAAGAAGCACCAGAAACCGAACAUACCCCAGCUUUAAUAUCCAGUUUGAUUUGGAGCGAAAGCGGGCAAUAUUUGCUAUCCAUCGCAGUAAAUAACCAAGUUUGUUUAUGGGACGGCAAUAAUUUGAAUUUAAUCCAAAUCAUCAAAUCACCCGCUACCCCUGCAUGUCAAACAUCAACCAUAGAUGCCUGUUGGAUAGAUGAAUUCAAAUUUGCACUUUCAACUCCAAAGGACACAAUUAAGGUCUAUGCAAUUACGGUCCCACAAACGAAUGGUAGCCAGUUUAAUUUAGCACCAUCAGUAAACCUGGAUUCAUUAGUCAAGCCUAUUGGAUUUCUCCCUGGUCACAAUAAUAAUAUAUCUAUUCUCAAAUUCAGUACAAAUUCUAAACUUUUAGCCUCAAGUUCUGAUUUUGACUACGUGAUUAAAAUAUGGAAAAGCAGUUCAACGCAUGAGUCACUUGAAUUAAAUACUCAGACCGACAAAAAGAAUGUGGGUAUAAAACUUCAUACAUCUCCUAUUAUUGGGUUGUUUUGGCUAAAUGCUUCAGAAAAUGAAAGUGUUUUGUUAAGUGUGUCCAUGGAAGGCAUUGUAAAUAUGUGGAAUACGACAAGUGGUGAAGCCAUAGUAAGUACAAAUGUAUUUAAAAACGAAGAUAAUUUUAAUCUUCCUACUGAUAAUACUGCUACAUCAUUUGCAAAUAAGAAAGACUCUUUGAUUUUCAUUGCAUCAGUAUCUCCUGACCAUAGGUGGUUGGCUGUUGGAGAUGACGCUGGAAGAAUAUCCUUAUGGGAUGUUGCCCCCUCUCGUUAUUCUGGUAAAAGGAAAGAUGUGCUAAGAUGCAUGGGAUGCCAUGAUCUUGAAAUACCGUCUACAGAAAGGCCAGAAAACAAAGCAGAUAUCGGUAUCUGUGAUUUAGCAUGGGACAAUACCUCACUGAAACUUUCUGUAUCGUAUAAAGGCUUAGAGAGUGCUAUUUUCAACUGGAAAUAG